AUUAAGUAACAAAUUCAACACUAUGAAAAUUGAUACAUGCAUGCAGUAGCAUAUCUAGUGUUUUCGUUAUUCGCAUGACAGUUGUACUUUUUCUAUUUAGCCAAGUGUGCAUAAUUUAAUAAUCUAUAAACAAAUGUUUAAUAGAUCGUGCAAAUCGCGUAUUAUUUUAUUUGGUGCCUAUACUUUUUAAACUGUAAACUGAAGCUGGAAUAUCAAGAUAACAAAAACAACUCCGAAUGCAGACAAAAAAAGAAUUUAAUUUUGUGAUCGAUUUUGAUUCUAGAGCACUUCAAUUCAGAAAAAAUACCGCUGAACUUCAUUUAAUAAGAAAACCUUCACAAUACCUGCUAUCGUCAAUUCAACAAUAUAAGGCAAGCUCAUAGUUGAAUUUUUAAUAUUUUAAUUAUUUAUGUAUUUAUUGUAAUUCUGUAUAAAUUUACGAGGUUAAGCAAUUGCAAUUGAAUAUAUUUCCGACACUUUUCUGAAAUCGUUGUUCCUAUUUUAUAUUAUUUAUCUGUUAUAAAAUAGUAGUAAAUAAGUCACAUAUAGACAUGUUUCAGUUUACAAUAAUUCUAUUAAUUACUAGCUUUAAAGUGUAUCACGGUUUUGCUUAUCAAUGUCCUAAAUCAAUCCCAUAUUCAACAAUACCGGGAUUAUCGAGAGUUAAUUUACCUGUAUCAAAUGCACUCAUCCAUUUUAAAAUCGAAAACGAAUUUCUAAUAGAUUGUCAUGGUAGGACAAGAUAUGUCUGUGUGGAAAUUACGGCAGAUACUUUACAGAAUAAGACAAAAAAUUACGAUAAUGAUUUACAUGUGCAAACCGGAGGAGAUUAUAAAGAACAUAUAAUAGCGUAUUCUCUUGGAGGAUCAAAUGAUUCUCUGAAUGUAUUUCCACUUAACCAAAACUGUAAAUCAAGGCUGCUUAACAGUAAUCUUGAGCAAAAACUUGCCAAAUUACUUUCUGAACAUUUGCAAAUAACAUAUAUAGCUGAACUCGAAUACACACAUAAUAUGACUGAUGUACGGCCAACACGCAUAAACACAAUAUAUAUGGACGAAAAUGAAAAUAUCCUAAGAUCUGCAGGGACGAUAAAUUCACCACCUAACACACCCUGUAAGACAGUAGAUCAGGUAUAUCCUACAAAACGCAAAAGAUCUUUGAUCGACAUUUUUAAAAGUCCUAAAAAUUCAACAACAAAUAUAAAUUGCUUGGAUGGAUGUAGGAGGUCAGAAUGUUUUUCAAAAGUUGAAGAUCGUGAUAAAAGAUGUAGUUCGUAUCAUUUUCAUUCGGUGCAUGCUAAUACACUUUGUACUGGCCAGUGGUGUUAUUGCUGUUCAUAUUAUUGAAAAAAUAUAUUGCGUUAUCUAUACUGAUAUGUUUUUUUGUAUAAGGACAUAAAGGUUCAAUGGUCUCCAAAAAGAUUUGUUGAAUUAUGUAUUUAAUUAAUUAAAUACAUAAUAAUACUAAUCAACUUAAUAAGUUACUAUAACUGAAUAAUGUACUAAUUAUAAUAAUUAAUAGUUAUUUAUACACUAAUCUUAAUAUAAACGCAUAAGGUUAUAAUAUUAUCAUAUUAAAAUUUUCAUUGUAAAUGCAAAUAUUGAAAUAUUUUGAUGUUACUUACAUUCUUAUGUAUUAAUAUAAGUAUAAUGUUUGUGUAAUUUGUGAAUAUUUUUUAGUUUUCUAUACCAUGUACGCAAAAUAGUCUAUUUAAAUAUUAUCACCAUAUUAUAUUUUAUUUAAAUGCCUAUGCUGUAUAUCAGGGGCGGAUCCAGAUCAAGAUAACAGGGGGGGGGGGCGAUUUUUAAAGGACACACAUUAAUUUUGAUAAAGUAUUUAUUUAGGUACAUACAUAUGUUACUUUCCACAGUCUCGUACAGAACAAAAAAAAUAUUUUUUAUAGUAGAUAAUAGUAAUAAAAAAAUAUAUCACUAUAAUUUUGUUACCCUUGAAGUAUAAUUACGUCAAAAACUAAAAUCAGGGACUUAAACUAUUUUUUUUUUGUGAGAGAACGGGGGGGAGGGCAAUCGCACUCCUCUGGAUCCGCCACUGCUGUAUAUUAUGUAUAUAUACCUAUGUUGUGAUUUAUAUUUCAAUUGAAUAAAUAUAUGAUAAUCUUUUUAUUUGUAAAUUUUU